AUGGCGGACCCUGGGAUGGAACUUUGUACAGUGAGACAUUGCAAGCAAGAGGGUCACAUCUUCUUGCAGCGUCAACUUGAGGACCACCUGGUGGAUGCCUAUUUAGAAAGAUUGCAGCUCUGCCGUUGCUCACCCAGCUUGGAAUCACUGCAAGACCUGCUAUCCGCGCAUGUGGAUCGCAUUGCCUACGAAAACCUGGACGUCCAGCUGCAACGCGCUCGACCUCCCUUGUCCUUUGAGGAGAGCGUGAAACGGGUCGCCCUGAGAGGGCGUGGGGGAUAUUGCUUCCUCCUGGUAGAUGCCUUUGCCGCCCUCCUUUGCUCGCUGGGCUUCCAAGUGUCCCUCCACACGGCCAACUGCAGUGAUGCGCCAGAGCCAGAGGCGAAAUGGGGCGAUCAUGUGGUCUUGGUGGCCCACCUGCCUGAAGGGUCCUUCGUGGCAGAUGUCGGGCUGGGUGAAGGCCCCCGACUUCCCUUUAAGGUGGAAGAUGCUGAAUGGACGGAGGAUGGCUUCGAGUUCAAACUGAACGGCCGAGGCGGAGGAGAGUGGCGUUUUGAUAACCCUGUCAACGUGCCUGGCACACUGGCGGGAAUGGCCUUUGAUUUUGGCACCAGUGCGGAUGGCUUCGAGGAAUUCUCGGACUUCCAUGACUUCUACUGGAACAGCAAGGAGUCUGCCUAUGUCAAAGGGCCGGUGUUUCUUCAUCGGAAGACAACGGGCAGAGGAAUGCUCUCCCUCUUUGCUUGCACACUGCGAAGAUCACAUCCAGAUCUACCAGAGGGCAAAGAAAUUCUCCAGGUGGCGACAUCCAAAGAAGAGUGGCUGAGGAUUGCAACUCGCAAGGAUCUCAUGGCUCGGUUGGGCGACAAGAUUGACUCAAGCGCCAAUAGGGCGCUUCGGGAUUUGGAGCCCACUGAGGCCUUGUCCAUUCUGACAGACAUGGUCAAUGCAGGUGACACCAUCCGAAAUCACUCAGCGUUCGUCAUGAGUGCCACCAAGCGCUUCAAGGACCAGGUGCAAUGUGAGCGGUCCUUCCAUGGUUCCACGGUUCAGCUCCUUUUGGAUUCCACGGUUCCACCCAUCACCAAACAAGGCCCGAGAUAUGACCAGCGAAGUCGCUCAGGUGGCUAUGACCGUGGCUACAGCGGCUAUCGAGAAAGUCAUGACUACUACGAUGGAGGUGACCGAGGAGAUCGAAGAAACCGGAUUGAAGAGUUGAUAGAUGGCUUGAACGUCGACACUGGAGCCAGAGAAGCUCUUGGGGAGAUUCCAGAAGGCAAACAGGUGAUGCUCCUCGAGGAGUUGACAGAGGAUGCUCACAAAGUCCGGAAUCACUCCGCCUUCAUCAUUAGCAACGUGAAGCGAAUCAAAGAUGGGACCUACUACCCGCGGAAGCGGGAAACUUCGUACGAAGAUCGGAGUAGUCACGGCCAAGAUUAUAGCUACAGCUAUAAUUGCUAUGUCAGCCACUCUGGAUCGUACGAGCGUGAAGACCGUGAGAUGCGCGAUGAUCGUGGGCAGCGCGAAGAUCGCGACAAUGACAAUGGCUACCACGACAGAGAGCAGAAGGCGUGGUCAUCAACUAAUGACCUGUGGGAUUCUUUGGAUGCCAAGGCCCAGACUGCAUUGAAAGGCAUCUCAUCUGAGGAUGCCGCCUCUCUCUUGGAGGACUUGAAAUCGAGAAACCAUGUGAGGAAUGCCUCAGCCUGGAUUUGUGCCAAGGCCAAGCGCUUUCCUCAAGAGCAGGCGAGCCCAGAGUUCGAGGACCGGCAGCGAAGCCGAAGUCCCAGAAGAGGAGUGAUCAAUCUCACACCCAUUGCGAGACAGGACGAGGCCAAUGAUGAAAUGGAGAAGGAGUAUGCUGCCAAGGUCCGGACGCUGGUGGACGAAAGCGAUAUUAUGUUGGAUGAACAUGCCAAAGCUGCAUUGAAAGCGGUGCCAGGUUACCAGGGCCUCCAGGUCUUCCACCAUGUUGUUCAAGACACACAGGGGAGUAUCAGGAAUCCUUCAGCCUUUGUGGUCAAGAAAUGCCGAGAGAUUGCAAAGCAGAAUGGCACUGAGUCUCAGUUCCUGAAGGAGACGAAUAGCGCUUGUGAGACCAGAGAAGGUCAGCCUGCACCGAUUGCUGCAAGGCCAGAGGCUGAAAGGCCCGAGGCCCCUAGGGAAGCCUCUUCGGGUCCUGCCUUGGGCGGUUGGCGAUCCAUGCCCUUGGAUCAGUGGCUUCGCAGCGUUGACAACGGCAAGGGCUACUUGCUUCAAUAUGAGCAAGGGCUCCUGAAGAACUAUGACAACUUGGAACAGAUCAUGGAGCUCUAUGUUGCUCCGCCUGGUGAUGAUGGAAAGAUUUCCAUUGAUCAGACAUUCUUUGCUGAUCUCACGGCCGGGUCGAACGUGGAGAUGAAGGUUGGCCACAAGCGGAUGUUCGAGAAGUGGUUCAAGGACCACUGGAAUUCCUGAGGUGAAAAGCCAACUUUGCGGUGUCCAAAGCGCUGGAGUAAGACAGGCGCAACAUGGCGCAACAAUACCUGUCCGUCCGGCUUCAAGUUUCAAUUAGUAGAUCCCCUGCUUUGAACAUCUUUGAACAAAGGUUGCUUUCCCACAAAUGAAUGCCUUGUUGGUGAGAGUAUUCGAAGAAAUCAAAGCAACCUCCGCGAAAAGGGGGCAGAAAUGUGAGGGUUGAUCGAAGCAUGAGGUUGAAUUGGCUGUGUCAAGCUGCCGAAAGCAAGCAGAAGACGCAGAUCGCAGGCAUUGAAGUUUCCCGUGAGACGGUCAACCAGCAUAUUUCUCGAAGGCCGA